UGAUCACACCCUGAUGGAAUGCUAUUGAAAUGAAAUACGUUAAGGAGCUCAGCAGGCUUUAGCUGAGCUGGCAUGUAGUCUGUGGAAGAGGCAAAGAAGGAAACAGAAUAGCAAAGUGAGGCAUCAUUUAAAGUGUUUCUCAUUUUUGAUCGUCUUCUUCUGGGCUCGUCUUGCUUUCUCUUCCUCAUCUGAAGAUUGGCCAGCACUGAUAAGGUUUUUCAAUCCGUUCUGUGCAGGUUUGGUAAAGACGUCGUUGUGGAUUGUUGAAAGGGUUGCUGUGGAUACUUAGAGCAGGAAGGCUGCUGCAGCGUGUGCCGCGGCUGGAGCAGGUGCAGUCGAACCAGGCUGAGAAACCAUGAGUUUCACGAUACGCUUUACAUAAAGGCUGCAUCCAAUUCAGGAAACCAAGCCUCCAGAAUUUUUUUUUUUUUUGACUGUCUGUUUUUGGACUCAAUGCAGGAGUGGAUGAAAGUGAAGAUCACAAAAGAUGUGCUUGGGCAUAUGUGUUAGCGUUGCACAUGUGAUCCCUUACGAGGGCUGGGCGAAGUUGUGGAGGGUUUAGUAGACCCUGGAGCAUCUUUUCCUGUAUUCAACGGCGUGAAUAGUAACGCUUGAAUGAGGGAAAGCGAUGCGGGGAACAGUAAUCCUGGUGCAGGUAAACCCAGGUGAGGCCUUUACUAUUCGACGAGAGGAUGGUCAAUUUCAAUGUAUCGCAGGUCCUGCUCAGGUUCCCAUGAUGUCUCCAAAUGGUUCAGUGCCUCCAAUCUAUGUGCCUCCUGGAUACGUCUCACAAAUCAUUGAAGAGAACGGAGUGCGGAGGGUUCUGGUUUUACCUCAACAACCAGAUUUCCACCCUGGGGGUCAUUCCCCACUCCACCACCCUCCUCCGCCACCCCAUGCACACCUGCCUGCCUUCAUCCCGCAUCCCGCCAUGAUAGGCCCGCCGCCUCAUCUGUACACAGGCAUUCCAGGGGGUGUGGGGGACAUGAGCUCCCAGUAUAUCCCCCAGUACCAUCCAGCUCAUAUCUUCUCAGAACAGGAUUCUCACUCCCAACAUGGGCGCCAGUCUUUUCUUCACAGAGAUGACAGGGCGAGCAAAACACACGAACGUCUCCAGAAAAAACUGAAGGAGCGUCAGGGAGGAGGCGGGCAGGUGAGGGACAGUCCCCCGUCUUCACCACAGAAGUCCUGCAGCAGCCCCCCAACGGUGGACAUUCAAAACGGCAUCGGAACAAAAGGGCUUGACACAGAGCACAGGCAUGGGGUAGCCUGCUCCGACAAGGGAAAAAACGGAGAGUCAAGAGAACUCGACAAAGAAGCUCAGGCCCUGUUUACACUUUUGAGCAACAUCAGUAAACCAGUGGUAUCAGACAUCCAGGCCAGAGGAGCAGUGGUCAGCUGGAGUGCACCCACCAGACCAGAGGAUGAAAAUAACAGUGUGGAGGAAGACACUAGCCUCCCAGAGGCCCUCAGCUAUGAGGUUUCCUUCUCUAUCAAUGGCAAAGAUGGGAUAUACCAGAAUGUUAACAGUGUGCAUGAACUAAGUGCAACUUUAGAAAACCUUCGACCAUCAACAGACUAUUGUGUCAGGGUCCAGGCAGUAUGUAACUGUUUACUGGGAAGCCCUUCGGAAGCUGUGAGCUUCACCACAUUAAGCUGUGAGCCAGAUCCUCCAAGUCCUCCCAAGAAGGCCAGCGGGACCAAAAACACACUUGUACUCACAUGGAAGGCUUCCUGUGACAAUGGUUCUAAAAUAAAAAAUUAUAUUCUUCAAUGGGAUGAGGGGAAGGGCACAGGCACCUUUGAACAGUGCUACUAUGGACCUCUGAAGCAGUAUCGAGUGACCAAGCUUCUUCCAGCUUCAAGAUACUCCUUCCGCCUUGCUGCAAAGAAUGACAUGGGUGUAAGCGAGUUCAGUGAAGUGGUGGACCUGUUCACCUCAUGCAGUGUGCCAUUGCCACCCUUCCCUCCAGAGCUGGAGAUGGCGGGAGUGACCUUUCUUAGUAUGAAGUGGCAGAGGCCCAGCAGCUCGCCUAAGGAGGAUGACAUCUACUAUACUCUUGAGAUGGAGGAAGAAGGCUCGGGAUAUGGCUUCCAGCCAAGCUAUGACGGUGACGAACUCUCCCACACCGCGAGGAAUCUCCGCAGGAGCACCAAGUACAAGUUUCGGGUGGCAGCAUACAACUCAGAAGGGAAGAGUAACCCCAGUCAGGUUGUGGAAUUUAUCACAAAGCCAGACAGACCCAGCUGUCCCUGCAGGCCUGUCAUCAGAGGAAGAGUCCAACCCGACAGCUUCAAAAUGGCCUGGGAGCCCCCUAAAGAUAAUGGUGGAGCAGAGGUAACAAAGUAUGCUGUGGAGCUGUCUGAGGGCUUAAACGGUUUAUUAUGGGAGCUGGUAUAUUCGGGGCCAGCUCUGGAACACGCGUGUGACGGUUUGAAGCCCGGCUGCUGCUACCAGGCGCGGCUUUACUGCAUAAGUGACGGGGGGCAGAGCCCGCUGUCAGAAACCCUGCAGGUCCAGACUCCCGCAGUGCCCCCAGGGCCCUGCCUACCCCCUCGGCUGGUGGGCAAGCCCAAAGCUAGGGAGGUGCAACUGCGCUGGGGUCCCCCUCAGGUAGAUGGAGGAAGCCCAGUGUCCUGCUACAGUGUAGAAAUCAGUGGACCACUGCCUGAGGAGAGCAGGGAGAUUUAUCAGGGCACAGAGCUGGACUGUUCUGCAGGAGGGUUAUUACCUGGCAAGACCUACAGCUUCCGGCUCAAAGCAGCAAACAAGGCUGGGUUUGGACCUCUCUCAGAACGCUGUGAGGUUACAACUGGUCCUGGAGCCCCAGAGCAGUGCAAGGCGCCUUUGACCACAUGCAAAUCACCCAGUUGUGUUGUUGUGAGCUGGGAAACCCCUCCUUCCAACGGAGCUCCAGUGACUGAGUUUCGUCUUGAGUGGGGAGCAGCAGAAGGCAGCAUGCAGGUGUGUUACAGCGGACCAGGACUCAGUCAUGAAAUGAAGGGGCUGCUGCCUGCAACAAACUACUUCUGCCGUGUGCAGGCUGUAAACGUGGCUGGUGUAGGGCCCUUCAGUGAGGCGGUGCUUUGCCAGACGCCCUGCUCAGUACCAGCAGCUGUCAGUAACAUCUACGUACUAAAGGAGUCUGAGCUGCAGAAGUUUGAGAUUUUAGCAGAUGAGGACGACGAAGAGGAGGAAGUUGAUUCACGCCCGCAGCUGGCCUUUUCCCCAUCAACUUGCCUGGGAAUUUCCUGGGACCCUCCAUGUGAUCACGGCUCCGAGAUCACUUCCUACCUGAUCGACCUCGGAGAGAGGCAACCUAUUGUUGCCGGACCAGUAACCAAAUACAUCAUCCAGCACCUGCAGCCCGAUACCAGCUACAGGAUCAGAAUCCAAGCCCAGAAUAACCUGGGAACAGGGCCCUUUAGUCACACCUUUAAGCUUAAGACAAAGCCUCUGCCACCACAGCCUCCCCGGCUGGAGUGCACAGCCUUCAGCCACCAGACCCUCAAGCUCAAGUGGGGCGACGGCCCAGCAAAAGCCACCACCUCAGAUGCCCCCCAGUAUCACCUGCAGAUGGGGGACAAGAAUGGCAGAUUUAUCUCCUUGUACAAAGGUCCAUGCCACACACACAAAGUCCAGAGGCUUAAUGAGUCUACCUCUUACACGUUCCGCAUCCAGGCCUUUAAUGAGGCGGGCGAAGGGCCCUUCUCCAGUGUUUACACAUUCACCACCCCACGCUCUCCUCCGCCUCCUGUAAAAGCCCCUAAAGUGGAGCGUCUCGAUGAAAACUCCUGCGAAGUCGCAUGGGAGGCCCUACCGCUCAUGAAAGGGGACCCGGUUAUCUACUACCUGCAGUGCAUGAUGGGAAAUUCAGAGUUCAAACAGGCUUUCAGAGGUUCUGCCACAUCCUUCCACGUCCAGAACCUGCAGCCCAGCAGCGACUAUCGUUUCCGUGUGUGCGCCAUUAGGCAGUGCCAGGACGCCACGGAGCUCAGCGGACCUUACAGCCCUACGGUGACCCUCUCCCCGCAGCGAAACGACACGGUGUCUGGCAGCGGUGCGGCGGGCCCCGGCUCUAGGACCGGCGCAGAGUCCAUCCGAACCAGACAGAGCCUGACGGACGAGCAGUGUGCAUUUCUCCUCCUCAUGGUUUUUGCAGUCAUUGCCAUCCUCAUUGCUUUUGUCAUCCAGUACUUUGUCAUUAAAUGAGGAGUCUGCUCCACCCGGCUGCAGGGUUAUAGCUUUAUUCUCCCUCCUCCUGCCCCCUCCAUCUCUCUGUCUUGUGUUUUCUGAGUUGUACUUUAACUGUUUUCCGGUUUGGACAUCGUAAUCGCAUUACCUGAAAUGGGGUGCAGCAGGAGGAUGUGUGUGUUUAUAACUCAAGGAUGUAACAUCUCAUUUGGCACCUGUGAUUCCUUCCGGACUCUCCUAACUGUCAGCCCGCUCCAAAGUCGUGCUUUUCGUUCCAUUCAGAUUUAUAAUCCAAAACGAUCGGCCUCCUGUGCAGAACGAGCUCUGAAAGCGUAGUGGUUCAUUUUGGGAAAAGAGUUUGGGUGAUGGUGGCGCAUUUAUUAAAUGUAUAGAAACUGUCCAUAUUUAUAUUUCUAUCUCCGUGUCCAGUAUGAAGCUGGUUUUGAUAGAUGUGCUCCAAAAAUAGUUUGUAGGUUUUGUCUUUAGCCGACGUGCUUUUUGACUGUGGGACCUGAGGGGCCAGUGUUUGCACAGUGAGGUGUGUGUCCAGGUGUGUGUAUGUACUCUGUGUAGUUUUUGCCACAGCUCAGACGGCUGGGAGGGCUUCACGCCCAGAUGAAGGAACCUAACUCCCUUCCCCCCCACUCCAUGCAGGAGUUACAGACACACAAAAUAUCUCUUUCACAUUAUAGAGCGUUCAUUUAGCACUUUUCAACCUUUUUCAAGUUCAGAAUGUUCAAGGAUGCAAAAACAACUGAAGAAAUGUUUGUACAUUUUUGUACGACAAGGAGACGAGGAUCAGCAGGUUAGUGGAGAAGAAAAACAGAAUCAAAAGUAUAAGGUUAGAAAACAAGAACCAAACUAACAGUGAAUUCUAAUUAUUUUUACUAUCAUAUAGUUAUACUGUAGCUUGUUUUUACAAUCAUGCUGCUGCUUUACUCUGAAAUAUUGUCGUUCAGCACAAAAAAUGUAUGCUUUCUGGUAUGUUUCUUAUUUUGUUUUCUCCUCUGUAAUUGAUUUAUGCACCUUAGUGGAAGAAAAUGUUGACUGUCUGCAUUUGGUUUUGGUCUUGUGAUGCAUUUUAGAGAGCACACUUUGAGAUUGUGCAAGCCCUAUUUGUGUUUUGGGUGUUUUUAAAAGCCGUAGUAUUGCAUAACGUGUCACUGAAACAGCUCAUCUAUCAGCAGAAAUAAAAGUUUAAAAAAAAAUAAGGAAAAGAAAUCUAUACACCAGUUGUUUCAGAGGCCUUAAUUGGAGAGGGGAGGAAACAGUAUAUGAAGUUUUUUGUUCUUAAUUUUCUCUUAAGUUUUGAUGUUUUCCUUUUUUUAGUGUUAGAAAACACUAACGUGUUUUAUUUCCUUUUACUUUGCAGCGUUCAUUUGGUGUUAGUUAUUAACAUAUGUAAUCCUGAGAAAAAUGAAAAGUAGUUCUUUAUAUUUAGAUUCUUUUUUUGUUCCUUUUGUCAGUUCAUACAUGUGUGAAGUAUAUUUUUUUAUAAUAUUGAAGUAAUAUAUGUUAAUACUCUCCACAGAAGAUUAAAACAAUCCUGAGUAGUCAUGAAUCACGGAAUGAUGGAUACAUAAAUGUGUUAUCAUGCAAAUCUAAAGUUUGCCUUUUCUCUGUAUGUUGAGUAUUUGUAACAGAUUGCUGACACUGACUCGUCCUCAGUGAUGAUCUGGCUGUAAAGUCUAGUGUUUGGCAGAUCUCUGCUGCUGCCGCUGGAAAAACAGAAACGAAACGCAGGUAAUUUGCAAAACGUCCUGAAUAAUUACAUGAUCUGGUCUUUCAGACAUUCUGAUGUCUCCUCUUUGACACUGAAAUAAUUCAAAUUCCUAUUUUUGAUAGCGAUCGCAAAGUGUGCCAUUUUAACACCUCUUCACCGUCUGGCUUGCUACUUUGGCUGGAGAGAUUUAAAAAGGAAAAAAAAAAAAACUACAAAAAUGUGUAAAAUAUGCACAAAAAAAUAAGACCAUUUUUAUGUAAUUUUAAUGUUUGCAGUUACCUCAUACACCGUACAUUCCAAAAAGAUUUGUUAUACUAUACAUACUACCAGACAUAUCACUUUACAAUGUUCGUUAUGGGAAACAUGUAUAAUCAUAGAUAUGUAUCUAUAGUGUAUCUGUAUAGCCAUGAUAUCUACAAAGGAUCCAUGCACAAUAAACAAUUUAUAAUUCUUCA